AUGCGCGUCGUAACGACGUUCCAUUCGCCGUCCUCCGUCGUCGCUUCAGUCAAAUGCCGCCUCUCGCCAGACGGCGAGCACCUCGUCGUAGCCAAGCCCGACCGCGUCGAGGUCCACGCGCUCGGAGAGGACGCGCUCAAGUAUGAGUGCAGCCUCGAGAUAUGGGGGCGGGUUGUCUCGGUGAAGGAGCUCCCGCGAUACGGAUCGACGUACUCGAACGUGAUCCUGCUCACGGAUCACCCUGCGCCGCGCUUAUACGUCCUAUCACUGUCCACGGCAGCCUCGGGACAAGCGGAAUUAGUGGUAGCGCACUCGCUCACCCUUACCGAGCGCCUUGCGCGCCCGCAGGAGUUCUACUGCGAUGUGCUCGUCGACCCCGAGGGGCAGGUCGCCGUCGUGAGCUGCUACGCCGGCAAGCUCAAGGUCGUGGAGUUCGACAAUGGGGAGUACAAGAGCGACUUCGACGCUCAGUUCCCGGAGUACAACCUGCUGUCCAUGUGCUUCCUCCCGACGUCCUCAGACACGUACUGCCUCGGCCUGCUGCACGUCGAUUACGAGGGCAAGUUGCAGCUACUCUCGCGCGACCUCAGCCUCGCCGACUACGAGCUGUUCGCCGCGCCCUCGACGCUCCUCCCGUCCACCGCGCUCUCCGCCAGCGCCUUCCUUUCCAUCGAGCCGGCGCCCACGCUCAUCCCGAUCUCCGCGUCGGAGGAAGAGGAAUACGCGGGCGGCGUGCUCGUCGUGGGCGGGCGCAAGGUGCUGCUGUACGAGCUCGCGAGCCAGGACCUGCAGGACAAGCACAAAGGGAAGAGGAGGCGCCUCGAGGGAAAGAAGAAGAGCGCGAAUCGCGAAGAGGCGGAGCGCGCGAGGGAGGAGGAGAAGGCGAGGGAGCGGAAGAGGCGCAAGCCGCGCGCGAGCGUCGAGUGGCCGUGGAGCGAGGUGACUGCGUGGUGCUUUGUGGAUGAGGAGGGGAAGCGGGUGUUACUCGGGGAUGGCUUUGGCAGGCUGGCGUUGUUGAGCGUGGAUACGGACAAGCCUCUUUUGACACUUCUACCUCUGGGAACGACAUCCCCUCCAACCUGCCUAUCCUACCUAAAUAACCAAAUAUUCUACCUGGGGUCCCACUACGGCGACCCGCAACUCCUGCGCAUCCACCCGUCACCCGCCUCGUCCCUCGACGCGGACACACUCCCCAUUCCUAGCAAAAUUUCAACGAUAACAUCCGCAGAGCUUGUCAGCGGCGCCAAAGGCAAGGGGAAGGAGGCCGACACGACGGGGUACGUCCUCAGGACGCGCGGCACGUAUGUGCAGGAGCUGCAGAGCUGGCAGAACGUCGCGCCGAUUAUCGACGCGGUCGUGGCAGAUGUGGACGGGAGCGGACAGAGAACGAUUGUGACAUGUUCUGGAGGUAAGAGCACUGGCUCGCUCAGGGUGAUCAGGAACGGCGCGGAUUUCCAUGAGCUCGCGGCGCUAAGAGGGCUCGCACACGUCACCCACGUCUGGCCUCUACGAUCCCGUUUCGAGACACCGACCCAUUCGCACAUCCUCGCAUCCACGCCUACACAGACGCACGUCUUCCGUAUAGACGGCGCGGAGGUGUUCACCUCGACAGCGGGCGGAUUCGCGACGGACACCCGGACGCUGGCGGUGGGCAACCUCGCGCGGCGGAUGCGCAAGCCCGGGCAGGCAGGGUCGUCCUACUCGGACUCACCGCUGGUCGUGCAGGUGACACCGGGGAAGGUGAUCCUAUCGGAGUUCGACCAGGCGCUUGGGACGUUCUCCAGGACUGGGGAGGAGUGGGUGCCGCAGUCCUUGAAAGAGAGGCACGGAGAGAUUGUCGCGGCGAGUGUUAAUGCCAGCCAGGUGGUGCUGGGCCUCAGCGGCGGGCGGCUUGUGGUUUUGAAUUUAGAUGACAAUGAUAAGUUUAAUCUUGCAGGGCAACGGCUCCUCGAAGAUGGUACGAAGGAAAUAGCGGCGGUGUCAUGCCUGCCUAUCGACCCUUCGAAAUAUUACUCCACGCAAGUUGCGGUAGCGUUCUGGGCAUCCAAUGAAGUCAAGGUCCUGUCCAUUACCAGUGCCCAGAAUUACUUAACGCCCGUCUGCGCCACGGGUCCUCUUCCCAGCCUACCCCGUUCUGUUUUGUUGUACAAUUUUGGGACGGGUGUCAAGUCGGAUAGUCGUGACUAUGUCCCGCACCUCCUGGUCGGGUUAGCCGAUGGAACCGCUCUAGCGUUCGUGUACAAAGACAAUACCCUCUCCGACAAGCGAGUAUUUUCGUUUGGCACUGGGCCGGUGUCGUUAACGCCAUGUGAGGUGGACGGAAAGCGGUCAGUCUUCGCCUGUGCUAAGAGGUCGGGGCUGCUAUUCUGGGAGAAACAGAGGCUGCAGCUAUCGCCGAUGUUGGUUAAGGGAGUGGUGACAGUGGCACCUUUAAAUAGUGAUCACUUCCCCUCGUCAUUCACCUUGGCCACCACAGGCGGGUUGACCAUUGGGAAGAUGGGUCAUCUCGACAAGAUGCACAUACGAUCGUUUGGCUUGGGUCUGGACAAUCCCCACCGUAUAGCGUAUCAUCCGCCGAGCAAGGUCUUUGCUGUCGCGUGCACGAGGACAGAACCGCGAAGAACGGGAGAGGCGAGACCGGAGCGCGGGGUGCUGAAACUGAUAGACGAUGCGACAUUCGAAGUCCUGGACGAAUUCCAGUGCGACGCUGAGGAGCUGAUAUCCUCCCUGGAUGUUUACGAGAGGGAGGACAUCCAACAGCCGUGUUUCUGUGUCGGCACCGUCAAUUCGCGAGAUGAGAGGGAGCCGUCAAGCGGUCGUCUCCUUUUACUCUGCAGUGGUGCAGGACGGGAUGGCAUCUCGAGAGGCAGUCUAUUCAUCGCAGCAUCUCUGCAAAUCAAGGGCUGUGUUUAUGCUAUAACUAAGGUCAGCGACCUGGUGGCGGCAGCGGUUAACUCUGCGGUGGUGCUAUACCGCCUGCAGAAGUCCAGUACAGGCAUAUUGACCUAUGACUUCGCAUAUGUAAGCGAGUGGAAUCACGAUUACGUCUUGAACAGUAUCGUACCUGGCUUGAAUGGUCUGGUGAUCUCGGACGCUCUCAGCUCAGUUUCCGUCCUGGAUGUGAAAGACUCCAAGCUGCAGAGGCGUGCGAAGGAUUACUCUCCGCUAUGGCCCGUCGCUAUACAGGCACUGGAUGACCAAAGGAUCAUCGCAGCUAACGUGGAUUGCGAUCUGUGCACAUUCUCCUUACAACUGGAUCAAGGCCGCAUUGUACUCCAGAAGGAUGGCGCCUUCCAUCUGGGCGAAUUAGUGAACAAAUUUGUGCGAGGUUCCCUAACGACGACAGAAUUCUCCGGCGACAUACCAAUAGAACCGCGAGAAAUCUUUUUCACGUCGUCUGGUCGCAUUGGCAUGGUAUUCGAGAUGGGAAGCGAACUCUCCCUACACAUGUCAGGCUUAGAACGUAACAUGGGCAAUGUUUUGAUCGGAGCUGGAGGGGUGGUCCACUCAGAUUGGCGAGCACCGACGGUUGCCAAGUCUCGUGUGGAGACACAGCAGCAGACGUCGUACGGCUUCUUGGAUGGCGAUUUCCUUGAACAAUUCCUUUCUCUGGCACCCUCGUCCCUGCCAGCCAAGAGCAUCCUUUCCGGUUCGAUGGAGGCUGAGGCCUUGAAACUCCCAUUUGUCGAGAUACAGCAUGUCCUGGAGAAAUUGCACAGUAUGCACUGA